AUGGAUGAGCUUAAUUUUAAUAAUAAAUCAACUCUGGAAAAAAUUAAUAUAUUUGAUGAAUUAAAUUAUAACUCAAUUUAUGAGCAUUUCCUUCUAAUUGAAUGCAUAUCCCUAAGUUAUUUAAAUCCAGAAAUUCGAUGUUCAAAAGUAAAAAGCCGAGUAAGAAUUGCAAUGACUAAAUGGGUUGAUGAAGAAGUAUUUAAUUUAAAAUUAAAGGAUUGUCUCAAGGAAUAUCAUGUAUUGACUGGUUAUGAAUUUAAAAGAACAAUUAAAUAUGAAAAGUAA